CAAGCGUCACCAAACCAAAAUGUCACUUGAGUACUUGUUAAAUAUUGUUUAUUUGUGAUUUAUUGCUAAAAUUGUAUAAAAGUUCUAUUUUAAAACAUAAAAACGUAUAUACUGGUGAUACAAUUUCAUUCAGGGGAGGUUUCCCGUGUUUAUAAUGGAAGAUAAUGAUGAAAACCUGCAUCGUUUGGAAGGCAGUUCAUCUGACGCUCCCUGCGGCUUAAUUAUCAAAAAUAAGGAGAAACCGCCUGAUUUUCAAUUCGCUAAGCCUUCUUUACUCGGUCUAGAUAAGCUGGCAGCAUCUAAGAGAAAGCAGAAUCGUCUAAUUUCGUUUCAAAAUGAGGAAAAUGAUGGUGAAGAUUCUGAUGACAAAGAAAUUCCUUUGGAGGGAAAAGACAGAAAAUAUAGGAAACAUAAUGAAGAAACGCCAACUUAUACCGGUGGAUUAUCCGAUGAAGCACGGGAGAGGAUGUUAGAACGUUUACAGAAGAAAGAUAAAGAGUCAAGAGAGAAAGGUGUCCACUACUCUACUCAAGAGGAAAAAGAAACUCGCUCCAAGAAUGACAGUGACGACCUGUUCUACCGGCACCCAUAUGAACGACGUGAUCGCAGCAAGGACAAGAAACGUGAUGACAGGAAGGACAGAGAUACUCGUCGGGACAGGGACAGUCGAGACAGGGAUAGGGGUGACAGGGACAGAAGAAGGGAUUCAGAAAGGAGGGAUAAGGACAAAAGAGAUAGGGAUACUGAUAGAGAUAGUUCUAGGAGGAGUUAUUACGAACCGAGAUUUAAAGAUGAACCAAGAACUCCAAGCAUCAAAGCUCUCAAGCCAACAGACAAGACAGCGUGGGACGAUGACGAUGAUGAUCCGAAAGCUAUAAAGAAGUCCAGUUGGGAUUUCCCUACCCCCUUACCCAGGGAUGACAGACCAGAUAGGUCAAGUAGAAGUGAUCGACGCCCUGCGAGGGACUAUAAGGGGCGGCCGUACGAUGACACGCCUAGGGCAACUCCACAUAAGUGGGUAAGCUCCCGACGCGGCGUUGACGUUGAUGAUCCAGACUGGCAGGAAGCUGAAAAGAAACUGGACCGAGCCUGGUACAAUAUGGGCGAAGGUGAAACAGACGAAUCGGACCCCUUCGCCGGCACUAGCGCGGAAUACGUAGCGAAAAAGGAGGAACAGAUAGAAAAGAGACGGAAUCGCAAAGUGUCCGCCGCGCGGCAGCAGAUAGACAAGGACAACGAGCUGUGGGAGCGAAACAGAAUGCUGACCAGUGGUGUGGUGCAUGCUAUCAACAUUAACAAUGACUUGGACGAGGAAAGUGUGGAUCGUGUGCAUCUGUUAGUUCACAACAUUGUCCCUCCAUUCCUCGAUGGAAGGAUAGUCUUCACUAAACAACCUGAACCUGUUAUACCGGUAAAAGACCCAACAUCUGACAUGGCAAUGAACGCCCGAAAAGGUUCAGCGCUGGUCAAAGCGUUCAGAGAGCAGAAGGAACGGAGGAAGGCCCAGAAGAAACAUUGGAAGUUAGAGGGCACAAAAAUUGGUAACAUAAUGGGCAUCCAGAAACAAGAAGAAGAAAUGGAGGAAGGUCCAACAAAACAGGCGUACAAAUAUGCCGAACAUAUGGAUAAAGAGGGUCAAGAACCAGAAUCGAAGUCAGAUUUUGUGAAAAGGUUGACGAUAACCGAACAAAGACGCUUCUUACCCGUUUUUGCUGUUCGGGAGGAGUUGAUGCAAGUUAUUAGGGAGAAUAACGUGAUUAUUAUCGUUGGUGAGACGGGUAGCGGUAAAACAACCCAACUUACACAGUACUUACACGAAGAGGGUUACAGUAAGUUGGGCAUGAUCGGUUGUACCCAACCGCGUCGUGUCGCCGCCAUGUCCGUUGCCAAGCGAGUGUCGGACGAGAUGGGAGUCAAAUUGGGCGAUGAAGUGGGAUACGCGAUCCGUUUCGAAGACUGCACGUCACCGCGGACAGUGAUAAAGUACAUGACAGAUGGUAUCCUGCUUAGAGAAGGCCUACGCGAGCCCGACCUCGACCAGUACUGCGCUGUCAUCAUGGACGAAGCGCACGAACGGUCACUCUCUACGGACAUGCUGUUUGGGCUUCUGAGAGAGGUGGUCGCCCGUCGUUCAGACCUGAAACUCAUCGUUACAUCUGCUACAAUGGACUCGUCAAAGUUCUCCACAUUCUUCGGUAACGUGCCAACAUUCACCAUCCCCGGACGAACCUUCCCCGUCGAGACAUUCUUCGCUAAGAACGUCUGUGAGGACUACGUUGACGGCGCUGUCAAACAAGCUCUCCAAAUACAUCUACAACCAGAUGAGGGUGACAUCCUCAUAUUUAUGCCUGGUCAAGAAGACAUUGAAGUCACUUGUGAGGUGUUAACAGAGCGCUUGGGAGACUUGGAUACCGCGCCUCCACUGACGGUAUUACCAAUCUACUCGCAACUACCGGCUGACCUGCAGGCGAAGAUCUUCCAGCGCGCGCCGCCGGGACAGAGGAAGUGCAUCGUGGCUACUAACAUUGCUGAAACAUCCCUUACUGUUGACGGUAUAAUGUACGUGAUCGAUUGCGGAUACUGUAAGCUGAAGGUCUACAAUCCGAGAAUUGGUAUGGACGCCUUACAGAUAUAUCCAGUGAGUCAAGCCAACGCGCGUCAAAGGGCCGGCCGAGCGGGUAGAACAGGCCCCGGCAAAGCGUUCUGCCUCUACACACAGAGACAGUUCCAGCAAGAGUUGCUACCUGCUACCGUGCCAGAGAUACAGAGGACUAAUCUAGCCAAUACUGUGUUAUUGCUCAAGUCACUCGGUGUUGAGGAUCUUCUGGCCUUCCACUUUAUGGACCCACCCCCACAGGACACAAUCCUGAACUCAAUGUACCAGCUCUGGAUUCUGGGCGCUUUGGACGGCACAGGGGCUCUGACCCCACUGGGCCGGCAGAUGGCGGAGUUCCCGCUCGACCCUCCACAGUGCCACAUGCUCAUCGUCUCCGCGGAGAUGGGCUGCAGCGCUGAAGUGCUUAUCAUUGUGUCAAUGUUAUCGGUGCCGUCGGUGUUCUACCGACCGCAGGGGCGCGAGGAAGAAUCGGACGCCAUCAAAGAAAAGUUCCAAGUGCCAGAGUCCGAUCAUCUCACGCUUUUGCAUCUGUACAACCAGUGGAAGGCCAACAAUUACUCUAGCUCGUGGUGUACGGAACACUUCGUCCACGGGAAGGCGAUGCGCAAAGUGCGGGAGGUGCGGCAACAACUGCGGGAUAUUCUUACUGCCCAACGACUGCCCUUGGUGUCUUGCGGAACGGAUUGGGACACUGUGCGGAAAUGUAUCUGCUCCGCGUACUUCCAACAAGCAGCCCGUCUCAAAGGCAUAGGCGAAUACGUGAACUGCAGAACAGGAAUGCCGUGUCACCUGCAUCCCACUUCUGCGCUGUUCGGCUUGGGGAACUCCCCGGACUACGUGGUGUACCACGAACUGAUGAUGACGACGAAGGAAUACAUGCACUGUGUCACGGCGGUGGACGGCAGGUGGCUGGCUGAACUCGGACCCAUGUUCUUCUCUGUUAAAGAGACUGGCAAAUCCAAUCGCGACAAGCGCAAAGAAGCGGCAGUGCACCUUCAAAGAAUGGAGGAAGAGAUGAAACAAGCGGAGCAGAAGAUGGCAGAAGAGAAGAAGAAGAAAGAGCAAGAAGUACCUGUCAAACAGGAGGUCGCGACUCCCGGCCUUAGCACGCCCAAGCGAACUCCGCAUCGAUUGGGCUUGUAGGGUGUUAACAAUAGCUAUUUAGAUAAGGACUCCUUUGCACAGAAGAUGGCAGUGGAGAAGAAGAAGGAAGAGCUUGAAAUGCCGGUCAAGAGCAAGACUGGGCUAGUAAGGUGUUAGAAUACAUAGCUAUGUUGGUAAGGUCUCCUUCGCACAAAAGAUGGCAGAAGAGAAGGAGUAAGAAGUCAAAGGUCAAACAGAAGAUCAUUACUUUGAACUGCACAUUGACUGGGCCUAUAUGAUGAUAGUAGAUAAGAGCCUGUUUGCACAGAAGAUGGCAGAAGAAGAAGAAGUGUUGGUGAUGCAGGAGGACUACAUCGAUUGGGCUUAUAGAAGUGAGUACAUAGCUAUGUAGUAAAAGGCUCCUUCGCACAUAAAAUGGCAAAAGAAAAGAAGGAGUAAGAAGUCCGGGCAAGUAGGAAGUUUUGAUUGGGCUUGUAGAAGUGUUAUAGUACAUAUAAGUGUUUCUUCGCAUAGAAGAUAGCAGAAGAGAAGGCGAAGGAGCGAGAAGUUGGGUCAAGCAGAAAAUUCUCAAGUUUGGGUGUGUAGGAUGUUAGAGACUAGAAUACAUAGCUAUGUGAAUAAGGGCUCCUUCGCACAGAGAUGGCUGAAGAGGAGAAGUA